AUGGCCACCGAAACUGUCUCUCUCGCGCCGUCUGACCAAGUGAUUCAACCUGAACGAGCGCCACCACCAGCAUUCCAUUUCGACGCCUUUCUCAAACAAUCGCUGCCCUCGCUUGGAGCGCCCUCCAAAGUCGGCCAACCCAUCUGUCAGGACUUCGUCAAAGGCCACUGUCCGAGAGGCGCCGCGUGCCCAGACCGGCAUUACGUGCCAAAGGAGGAGCGGAGUGGAAUCGGCCAUCUGAUCUGCAAGCAUUACCAGCGCGGCUUGUGCAAAAAGGGCGAGCAAUGCGAGUUUGCCCACACCUUCAACUUGAGAGACGAGCGGGAGUGCAAGGAGUUUAGCCGAUGGGGCAUCUGUCCGCAAGGUGAUGACUGCACCUAUCUUCACACCCCGCCUACUUCUCAUCUCCGACUCCCCGCGUGUCUGCAUUAUGCGCGGGGCUUCUGCCCCCUAGGCCCGUACUGCGCACUCCGGCACAUUCGACACAAACAAAUAUGUCCCUACUACCUAGCAGGAUUCUGCCCACUUGGUCGAGCACAUCCUCCAGACCGGGAUAAUGUUAUCGAAUGCCAGUACGGAGCGCACCCAAAGUGGACCAAGGACGAGGAUAUGAAUCCGAAAAGGCCGGAAGUGCGUAAACUCAAAGACCCGGAGCAGGAACGAAAGGAGCAAGAAGAACGAGAGGAGGAGUUCUUCGCGGAGGAGGAGCGGAGAAGGGAGCGGUAUGAGCGGGGCGAGGGAGGCGCUGGGCGCUGGUCUGGCCGAGGUGGACCGUCAAGACGGAGGGGCGGGCGAGCUGGAAUUCCGAGUGGGAGGAGGUAUUGA